AUGCCAAAAGUCAUCAGCUAUACCCCCCCUUGGCUCUCGCGCCCCUCCCCCGGCGCUUCGCUCUUUGCCGACACAGCUACCAAAGGCGUCGAGACCACCUCCCAGAAGCUUCGAAAGGAUUUCGACUACACCGGACCUUCGCGCACCUUGGCUCAGCGAGGCAAUGAGGUCUUCGCGGUUGUCAACAACCGCAUCCGCUGGUCCGACCUGACGCGAUUGAAGGACCAGUGGCAACAGCAAACAAGGUCCCAGGAAAAGACAGAUUCCAGUCGCGAUGUACACUACAGGGAGCUAUUGGUCCCUGUCUACGACAACAUUCGCCAGCUUAUUCCCUCCCCGGACGGCGUCUUUCUAGCGGUUGUGGCAGACCACACUGUUUACAUCGUCGUGCUCCCGGAUCCGUCGCAUCUCUCCGGCACUGACAGCAACCCUAUCCGUGUGAAAUACUACCAGCUUGGUCCGACGACGCAUGUCAUCCCGGAGUCGCCUGUCGCAUCCGCGCUCUGGCAUCCACUUGGCGCAAACAGUACUUCGGCCGCCUGCAUUGUGACCGUCACAGUAGAUGCGGCGGUGCGGGUCUGGGAAUUGGACCGAAACGACCAUUGGUCUUUUGACCGUCCCUCUCUUGCGAUCGACCUGCGAAAGCUGGUGGAUGGCACUUCGUCCGACCAGGAUUUCGCUCCCUCGGGUUUCGGGAAGAACAAGGGGUUUUCUGCCGACUACGUCGAUAUGGAAGUGGCAUCUGCUUGCUUUGGCGGUAGCGGCAGUGAGAAGGAAGAUGCUUGGGCGCCGAUGACCUUGUGGAUCGCCAUGAAGCCCGGAGAUCUCUACGCCCUGUGCCCUUUGCUUCCGUCGAAAUGGAGGGCGCCUGCCACCACUGUUCCUUCGCUAUCCGCAGAUAUCAUCCCGAAAUUGGCAGCAUCGCAAGAAGAUCCUUCCGAAGCCGAGGAUGAGCUCGUGGCAUGUCAGCAGCAGUAUGACUGGCUGGCAGAAAUCGACAAUCAGGACCCGUUACACGUUCAAUCCGAUCCAGAAACCGGAGCAUCGUCUGAAAUCCUCACUCGACCCGCCAAUCCCAGCGCCAUUCCUAGGUUGCAGGGACCUUUCCGUAUCGAUACCGGCGAUGAGGUUGAGGAUUUGGACCUCUGCGAUAUCCUUGUGACCGCGUCUAAACUCGACACUGAUACGCUCAUGAAGGGUGAAGACGUUGACCUUGCGUUAGAUGACAAUGGAGAUGAAAAGUUGUCAGCCACCAUAAUCUGUCUAUCGACCGGAAGUGGUAGGGUCCAUAUCUGUCUGGAACUCGAUGGCGUGGAGGGACAAUGGCUCCCAAGAGCCAAAAAGAACGCAUUCCGAACGCCAACCUCCGACCCGUCUGACUUGCUCUUGGUGGAGUCUUUGGACACCGUCAAGGGAGGGCAAGCAUCAAUCAAAAACUGGCCCACAUUUACGCGGGAUGCUCACUCGCCAUACAGCUUUUUUGUUACCAACGAAAAGAAUGUCGUGUUCCUUUCGCUUUCUUCCUGGGUGCAGAGGCUGGAAGCAGAGCUUGCAUCCGAGGACACGUCAGGCUCGGCCUUCCGCCUGGAGGUUCUCUGCGAAGGCACGGUGUCGUUGAGGGAGCAGAUCCUUGAACUAGAUGGAGUGCACGGUGGCGCCACAGAACAAGCACACCACUUCCCGUCUUCCCUUGUGUAUGAUGAUUACGGCCUUGGUUACCUAUUACUUACCUACCACACAUCCCACCCCUACGCCGCUGUCAUGGAUGCUCCGGUGGUUUCCCUACCAUCGGUGGCUGAUCGACGACCGUUUGAUCUGACAGACCACACCCCUUGGUCUCCUGUCUUCCCACCUCGACGACCCCCUUACCAGGUUCCCGCUGUCUUCUACUCGGAGUCUCCAUUGGAGUUCUUUGUUGAUAAGCACGUUCCUCACCGCGAGCGUGUUCAUCUGAAAGAACAGGUCCGUCUGUCUCCGGCAACCUUGGACAUCGUGGCUGCCGCCCAUAGAAUCUUGUCUGCUCACACGAAUGCUCUCGAACGAGCGGCGUCGGAUCUGUUCCGUCGCUGUGAAAGGUUGCAGGGAGAGAUGCGGGACCAGCUGAAACAAUUCGCCCACACCGCCCAACAGAUCAAGGAGGUUUCAAGUAAGGAUGCCGAAAAACGCAAUGGAGAAUCCCGGAACGAAGCCCUCGAUAAGCGGAUGCAGGCUGCAAAGGACCGACAGGAACAGCUCGUGAAGCGAUACGAAGCUUUGCGUACCCGAGUUCUUCGGUCAGGCGGUCGACCACUUAGCGAGAAGGAGAAAUCGUGGGUCUCUGAGGUCCAGACGCUUUCCGAAUCUUUCGAGAGUGCUCCGUCUGAAAGUCGGGAGAAUGGCCAGCAAAUAACUCAACGAAUUGAUUCUGUCAAAGAUCUUGCAAGCGAUCUCGUGGCUGAUGCCAAAUCCAUCGCGGCCAAGACUCCGGUGUCGGUUGACCCUGGAAGCCCAGCGUCUCCAGGUGGUUCGCAGCCGAGAGUGCCGCAUAGACUCCAGCGCGCCAAGGUGGCCGAUGCCAUGCAGAUGGUGGAACUCGAAUCUGCUAUGAUUGAUGCAAUCACAUCGCGAUUGGGACGAUUGAAUGCCAGCGUUUGA